AGUGCGAUCAGCAGGUUGAACAAGUUGUCCUUCACAUAAAGUGGUUGUCCUUGAGUCGUGUGCAAGUAGUGCAAUAAAAAUGCACCUGUUUGUUUACAUUUUCAUUUGUUUAUUUCACACAAUCUCCGUUUUUAUUUCUGCACAAAAUGAUUCUUUUUACUUACUUCCUCGAUUUUGGACGAACACUGGUUUUUGUCCAUCUGGUGACAUUCUUCAAAACACCGACAUUUCGAAUUCUAUUCUCUCAAAUGAAAUUAAAUUACAUUUGCAAUUAAUUGGAGCCUUGCCUAAUACAGCUGUAUCAAACGUUCGAAUUCACUGGCUGCUAGAACUCGUUGAAUUGGUGGAAUUUGACAAACAUCAAAUUCCUAAAUAUGAUUUUUCAAAGCUGGACAAACUUAUCUGGUGGUUAGAUCGAGCUGAACUCGGUCUGGGUUUUGAAAUGAUGGGCAAUCCCAGUCAAAUAUUUACGCAAUCUCAAAAUCAAUCGAUGAUUGAGUUUCUGUGGGAGGAUCUGGCUUUUCAAAUUGGAAAGAGAUACUUAAAUCGCUUGGGGCCUAGCAAAAUGAAUCAAUGGAGAUUCGAAUCGUGGAAUGAACCUGAUUUAGCCGGUUAUAACAUUCUUCAAUUUGAUUCAAGAUCAUUUCAAUCCUACCUCUACGCUCUACGCCGGGGCUUGAAAGCAGCUGGUCGCAGACCUUUAAACGGCGUUAAUUUUAAACUUCAUGGGCCAGCUGGACUGUUUAAAAAUCCACAGAAGCACCCCUUGUGUUGGCAAUCUCUUGAGCAAUGCAAUACUUAUCCCAGUCAAUGUCCAUUUGAUGUUUUAACGUAUCACCACAAAGGCUCUGGGAUUAGCAGCGAAGUUGCUGCUGGUGGACAACGUUUGAUUGAUGAAAUAUUCCACAAGUUUCCUAAUCUAACAAAAAUACCACUGGCAAAUAAUGAAGCUGAUCCUAUCGCUGGAUGGUCUACUCCUAGAAGUUUCCAAUCAGAUGUUCGCUAUGCAAUUUCAGUUGUGUCCAUUAUAUUUGACCAUUGGACUGCAAAACUGAAUACAAGAGAAUUUAUGAAUUUACAAUUCAUAAGUCAUGACAAUGCCUUCCUAAGUUACCAUCCUCACGAAUUUUCCCAACGAACACUCUUUGCUCAUUUUCGAAUGAACAACUCUAAACCGCAUCCUUAUUCUCAAUUCAUCCAAAAACCUGUGUACGCUGCUUUGGGGAUGAUGGGUAAUUUAGGAACGCAUACUGCAGAUAUUAAAAUCAUCCACGAGACGAUUAGGGUUUUGCGGACAACCGAUAAAAAUGGUGCAUCAUUUCUUAGUUUGGUCGCCAUUUCAAAUGGAGAUCUAGGAGUUCAGGAACGUUUCCAAAAAGAGAUAACAUUGAGAACUAUGUCGGGUCGACGUUUCUCUUACGUUGUGGAAUUUCUUGAAUAUCAAAAUACCGAUCCAGUUUACGUGUGGAAUUUUUACGGAUCACCACCAUUUCCCAAUAAUACUGUGAGGGAAGCAAUGCGAAGGGAUCAAGGCCCAAAACUUUAUACAACCGGAAUAUUGAAUCAUCCACAGCUGCAUAUUAAUCUUCCCAUACGCGCCCCGUGGCUAGUUCACGUUCGAAUGUGUUCAGAUUUAAAUCCCACGCCACAUCGACCUCAGAGACUUCAUAUCUAUGCCAUCACUUCCAGAGAGAUUCUUCUCGUUUGGAAGGAAAAAUACGAAGUGAAGAGAUGUGUGGUCACUUAUCAAGUAUGGUUUCUUCCUCAUAAUGGGACAAUGCGUAAAGAGAUCACCGCUGGAUGGCAUACACCGUUUUUAUCAUUUCACUUUGCUCCUCUCGAUCAUAACGUCAAAGGAACUUAUGCUGUGCGCAGUGUUGACACUUUCGGAAGGUUUAGUGAAUUUUCAAGAUCCAAACAACAUAUUUAAACAAAUACGAAACUUUUGAGUUUUUAAACGUAGUUUUUUUGUUUUAUUUUAAAUUACAAUACAAAUCAAGGUUAAAUGCAACGCAUUUUUGUUCCAUCAGCAACAUAACAUAACAAUAAUUUUUUGACAAAAUAAAAAUGUAAGUCAAUUAUUUAAUAAUAUUUUUUGAAAUAUAAAUAAUCCACCAAGAGUA